AUUCACAAACAGAAAAUGGGUUGUUCCUUUUUUUCGUCCGAUUCUAAUUUUCCCAUGUGGGGUUCGGUUCCUCUGUUUUCAGGUGCAUCAGCCAUUCACGGCAGCAGCGUCGAAUUCUCCGAAACCACCACAACCACCGAGAUCAGAAAGAGUCAGUUUUCCGUGAGAGAAACCAUCUACAGCGAUUGCUCUCCUCUUCCUUGUACCGAUGGCCAAAUUCUGAAAUGGCCUGAGUUAAAGGUGUUCAGUUUUGAGGAGCUGAAAUCUGCCACUGGAAAUUUUAAAUCCAACAGAUUGGUCGGUGAAGGUGGGUUUGACAGAGUUUACAAGGGAUGGUUGGAUGAGAACACCCUCACCCCCGCCAAACCAGGCUCUGGAGUUGAAGUUGCCAUCAAAAUAUUCAACCCGGAAGGUUCUCAAGGAUUUGCACAGUGGCAGUCUGAGGUAAAUGUUUUAGGAAGGCUUUCUCACCCCAACGUGGUCAGGUUAUUGGGAUACUGUUGGGACGAGGAUCAGUUUCUUCUUGUGUUUGAGUUCAUGUCAAAGGGAAGCUUAUCGGGGCAUCUCUUCAUAAGAAAUCAUGAACCACUUUCGUGGAACACCCGGCUUAAAAUAAUUAUUGGUGCAGCCCGGGGAUUAGCUUUCUUGCAUGCCAACGAAAAUAAGGUCAUAUUCAGAGAUUUCAAGACCUCAAAUAUACUUCUCGACGGGAAUUACAAUGCAAAACUAACAGACUUUGGGUUGGCUAAAUUGGGACCAUCUGAGGGACAAUCACAUGUAAAUACCAGUAUCAUUGGCACCUAUGGUUAUGCUGCACCAGAAUAUAUCGCAACAGGGGACUUGUAUGUGAAGAGUGAUGUGUAUGGAUUUGGUGUAGUGCUUCUUGAAAUACUGACAGGCAUGAGGGCACUUGACACAAGAAGGCCAACAGGGCAGCAGAACCUGGUUGAAUGGACCAAGUCCUGUCUCUCUUCCAAAAGAAAGUUGAAAACAAUUAUGGAUUCUAAGAUAGAGGGUCAAUAUUCACCCAAAGCUGCAUUACAAGCAGCACAACUUGCUCUAAAAUGCCUAGUGCAUGAUCCUUAUCAACGUCCUUCAAUGGAAGAAGUUCUUGAGGGAUUGGAAGCUAUUGAAGAUAACCCAAAACCAGAGGUUCCUGAUUGGCGCAAGAUGGGUCUCUGUUUCUCCGGUGCUCCAUCACUCCAUUCCUCUUCACUCAACCGCCCUCACUAUAAUAUCUGUGCCCUUUCUAAACUCAUCCCAAAACAGGAAAUGGGUUCUUCCUUCUUUUCCUCCGAUUUGAAUUUUCCCAUGACGGGUUCGUUUCCUCUGUUUUCAGGUUCACCAGACAUUCACGGCAGCAACGUCGUGGUCCCCGGAACCAACACCACCACCGAGAUCGGAAAGAGUCAGUUUUCCAUGAUAGAAACCAUCUACAGCGAUUACUCUCCUCUUCCUUUUGCCGAUGGCCAAAUUCUGAAAUGGCCCGAGUUGAAGGUCUUCAGUUUAAGGGAGCUGAAAUCUGCCACAGGGAAUUUUAAAUCCGACAGAUUGGUCGGUGAAGGUGGGUUUGGCAGAGUUUACAAGGGAUGGUUGGAUGAGAACACCCUCAUCCCCGCUAAACCAGGCUCUGGAGUUGAAGUUGCCAUCAAAAUGUUCAACCCGGAAAGUUAUCAAGGGUUUGCACAGUGGCAGUCUGAGGUAAAUUUUUUAGGAAGGCUUUCUCACCCCAACGUGAUCAGGUUAUUGGGGUACUGUUGGGACGAGGAUCAUUUUCUUCUUGUGUAUGAGUUCAUGCCAAACGGAAGCCUCGACUGUCAUCUCUUCAAAACAAAUCAUAGCAUGGAGCCACUUUCUUGGAACACCCGGCUUAAAAUAGCUAAGGGUGCAGCUCGGGGAUUAGCUUUCUUGCACGCCACGGAAAAUAAAGUCAUAUUCAGAGAUUUCAAGCCCUCAAAUAUACUUCUCGACGAGAAUUACGAUGCAAAAUUAUCAGAUUUUGGCCUAGCUAAAUUGGGACCAUCUGAGGGACAAUCACAUGUAACUACCAAGGUCUUCGGCACCUAUGGUUAUGCUGCUCCAGAAUAUGUUAUGAGAGGGCAGUUGUUUGUGAAGAGUGAUGUGUAUGGAUUUGGUGUGGUCCUUCUUGAAAUACUUACAGGCAUGAGGGCAGUUGACAAAAGAAGGCCAACGAGGCAGCAGAAGCUGGUUGAAUGGACAAAACCUUGUCUCUCUUCCGAAAAGAAGUUGAAUAGCAUAAUUGAUUGUAGGAUAAAGGGUCAAAUAUCACCCAUGGCUGCAUUAGAAUCAGCACAACUUAUUAUGAAAUGCCUAGAGCAUGACCCUGAACAACGUCCUUCAAUGAAAGAAGUUUUUGAGGGAUUGGAAGCCAUUGAAGAUAACCAUUGAAGAUAACCCAACUUAUAUUUGUAAUUUUUUGUGUUUCUUAAUUUUUUCUAAAUUGGUUUCGAGUUUAAAAGACAAAAUAUUCUUUAUUUUAAAAAAAAAAUCAAAUG